AGGGGGCAGAGAAAAGAGGGAGUACUUCACUGCAGCAGAUGGGAAACACCAAACCUUCGGCUGGCAGGCUCAGUGGGCUCCUGGCUGCAGUGUGCUAACUGAUGAUGGAUCUAUUUGGCAGAGGAGAGCUGGGGCUGCUGGGAGGAGGAGAGAGGCUGAGAGAUGACGUGGGUGUACCUGGGAUCAGCUGGUCAGCCAAUCGGCUGCCAGAGGACAUGUACCCGGCAUCGGGAUUGGCACUGGCUGCUGCCUAUCAUGACAUUAAGACCCGGCUGGCCAGUCUGGAGAGGGAGAACAGCAGCAUCAAGAGGAAACUCAAACACUACGAGGUCAAGUUUCCCGUGAUCAGUGAAUUCGGAGAGGAGAGAAUAGUGUGUUGUUCCUGUGAGCCCAUCAUCAAGGACACCAGUGUAAUCCAAUCCGAGACCACCAACCUACAACAGAGGAUCAACUCUCUCACUCAGGAGCUUCAGAAGAGUAAGGACAGAGAGGAGAGAUUGGAGGAAGUCAUCCAGGCUUAUGAGAAGAUUCACUUGGAGAAAAGCAAUGUCCAGAGAGAUCUAGACAAAAUGACAACUCUAGCAGAGCAGCAUGUGGAGAGGAUCUGCAGUUUGGAGUCAGCUCUCAGACAGAGAGAAACUUCCCUUCAGAAACUCAGUGCUCAACUCCGAAACAAAGACACGCAUCAGUCUCAACUCCACGCCACCCUGGAUGUACCUAGAGAGGGUCGUGGGCCAACGCUACAGAGCUCCCGUAGUCUGGACGCCCUGUCAGACCUGAAGCUACAGCGACUGGAGGCUGAACUUGAGGGGGCACGGCACCAGGCCGAGGGAGCCUGUCAGAGGGAGAAGGAGCUGAGGGCCGAGCUUCAGAGGCUGCAGCAGGAGGUAGCCCAGCUACAGGAAGCACAAAGACAGUCACGGGGGCUGACCCCACACUGUGAGCACUGUGACGUAGAAUGGAUAAAGAAAGCCGGGGAUGAACAGGUGAACCUAGCAUUAGCCUACACUGAGCUAACAGAGGAGUUGGGUCGGGUUCACAGUCUGGCUGUAAAACAGAGUGACCUUCUACGACACGUCUCACACGAGUCUGUCUCUCGUCCUCCCACAACUCCUCAGCGUCUCUCCCCCACCUCCCCCCAGCGCCCCUCACUCUCUCCUGACAGGCUUCUCCCCAACCCCUCUCCUCCUCUGUCCCUUUGCGACGGACCUAACUCGUACUCUCAUCAGCCAACCAGCAGCCGUCUUCGAGCAAAGUUCCAGGGUCGCCGUAGUUACUCAGAGGUAUCUGACCCAUCAGCUUUCCAGAGGCCUCCUGCACGCCUGAUGAGGGACCCAGUAUCCACUCUUCCCAAGCCCAGGCCUGUCAUGGGCGAGAUAAAGGGUUAUAGCCAAACCAAACCUCAGCUCCGUACCUCCUUGGUGGGCCUAGUCAGACCAGCCUCAGCUCAUGGAGCUGGAGGGGAGAGGGGGGGGGGAGGCGGAGGAGAGAGAGGUGGGGGCAGCAGUUUAAGCAGCAGUCCUCAUCACUGUGCUUUGGACCUGGGCUUUCCAAUGGCUGCCGAGGUGCAUCACUUCUGUCGUCUUGAUGACCCCCCUGAGCCCACCCCACUGGUGACACCACCACAGUCCUCUGAUGAUGAAGAGGAUGUAUGUACGUAUCUAUCGCCGACUGCCAGCCCGCCUCGGACUCUGGGCGCAAUUGGGAUUGGCUCAUCAUCACCUAGAGAACAGCACCUCCAUCCCUCAUUCCCAUCUCCAAGGAAACAGCCCCACCAUCCCUCCUUCUCAGCCCCUGAGGGCCCUGCCACCCUCUCCUGCCAUCUGCCUCCCUACAUGAACACAGAGCAUGCACAGUCGUGGCCUUCCAUUAACUUAUGGAUGGAGUCUGAAGAGAGUGCUGUUCGUAGCUGUCCUUUGUGUCAGCUGACCUUCCCAACUGGUUACCCUGACGAUGCCCUCAUCAAACACAUCGACUCCCACUUGGAGAACAGCAAGAUCUGACUUUUUUUUAUUAUUAAUCAACUAUUUUAAAACCAUUUUCACCGGAGAUGGCUACCAGACCGAUCUUGAUUGUUUUCUAUCUAGUUUUAAUCCAGAUAUGGUUUAAUGAGCAUGCAUGCUUCUUUCAGCACUCCCUGAAGAACUCACCCAACCCUCCAGUUUCGGAGCAAGUCUGUUUUUCUACCCUCCAGGCUCAAGUGUUUAUCAUUUAAUUUGGAAGUUGUAAAUCUCCUCAUAUUUGUUCACCAAGGACACACAUACAUUGCUUAAUAUCUCUCACAAAGCACCAUAUCAAAAUUUUGCAUCAAAUGGUGUUUUUUCUUUCCUUUCAAAACCAAAAUCGUCAUUUUUACAAAGACCUGAGUGCUGAAGAAACAGCAGAUGUGUAAAGACGAUAGUGCUGUAUAUCUCGGAUUCAAUGCCACAGACUGAAGCUCUGUUGGUGACCUCAUGUAUGCUGGUCU